CAUGAUUCACCCUCCGGGGCUAGCGAGCUAACUUGCUAUUGCUAACAUGGAAACACUGAGAAACGAGUCCGCGAAUUAUUUCGAAGAAGAGGUUGUUGAUAACUCUGACAGAAGUAGAAACGACUCUGGUGAGGAGGAAGAGGCUAAAGGUAGGAAAUGUGAUGACAUGGAGAAACACAAGCGAAAGAAGCACAAACAUCAUGGCAAGCACAGAAAACACAAAUAUUCAUCGUUAGAGGGAAAGGAACACCGACACAAACACAGACACAAGCAUAAAAAACGCAAACACAGAGAUUCUUCCAAGGUGGAUGAUGAAGACUGUCACGAUGAGGCUAUAGCUGAUUUUAUCUCACUGAAGAGGUCCAGACUGGAUGACAUGGCAGCUUUGGAGGAUUUAGAGAAGCAGAGGGCCUUGAUCCAAGCAGAGCUUGAUAAUGAGCUGCUGGAAGGGAGAGUGCACUCCGGAAUGGGACUAAUACUGCAGGGAUACAACUCGGGCUCAGAUGAGGAUGGGGAAAUGCCAGAAGGGAUGUGUAAUGGGGAGGAGGAAAGGGACAAUAUGGAUGAGCCCUCUACGACUAAGGAGUUUCCAAUAGCUAAAGAAGCCGAAAGACUGGAUUCCGUGCGUCAGAGCAGAAGCAGGUCAAAAGAGACAGCUGUUAAACAGGAUAAAUCACAUAAAAGAAAGAACAGACAUGAGCCAGACACUGAUACCAAGGAGAGAACUCGAGGUCCAAGCCCAUCCCAGGAGAGGAGGUCAUCCAGUAGUGCUCAGCAGUCCAGAGAUGGGCAUCAGAGGUCCAGAUCUCCUGGAACAUCCAGGAAACAACAAUCUGUAUACAAAAAUUCACAUUCACUUUCUUCAGAGACAGAACAGAAAAGUAAAAGGGCCACUUCGCCUUCAGCACCAGAGCCUGGAAGCAGACAAAAUGCUGAUUACGCUAAAUCACCAGAGAAGAUGAGACGUUCCAGAUCCCGAGACAGACAUGGCAGACAGCCUGAGUCUGACCACAGACGGGAAAGGGACAAGAUAGUAGUUAAGUCUCCAUCUAAGGAAAUCUCAUCAGGCAAGGAAAAUAGAUCUCCCCGCAGAAAGCAAGACCAAAGUCCAUCUCGACAUAAAUCGUCUAAUAGGCCCAGAGAACAGCAUUCUCCUAAGCAUCUUCCCAGGAACCCCAGUGGCGACAGAGGGUCGAAGCAAGCCCGCUCUGAGCCCUACAACAGAUCUCCAGCCAGGAGGGUUCGGUCUCGCUCUGCGGAGAGAAGACAGAGAGACUUUGGUUGUCAGAGACUCUCACCUGUCAGGAUGCGCUCCCGUGAUGAGGCAGGAGGGGGCAGAGGGUCAAGCCCCUCUCUGAGCUCCAGACGGAGGUUGAGCCGCUCCCCUCUAAGGUGUAGAUCCCGUUCCCCCAGAAGACACAUCAGUAGGCCGACUCCUCCGAGACGAAGGUCCAUGGAGCGAGAUAGACUGGGCCACAGGCAGCAACCAAGCUCAGGAUCUCAGGAGCGAUGGAGGAGAAGCAGAGAGAAAGAGGACAAGUUUAAGGGCAGUCUAUCUGAAGGCAUGAGAGCAGAACAGGAUGAAUCAGAUGAUGAAGUGCUGGAGGAUUAUGAUGUGGAUGAGGAGGAUGAGGAAGCUCUGAUUCAGCAGAGAAGACUUCAGCGCUUAGCGAUUGUGAAGAAAUAUAAGGAAGCAAAUGAGGACAAUAUUAAGUCAGAACCUGGAAGUCCUCAGAGUAGCCCCCGCAGCCGCUCACCCUCGCCGGAUGACGUCCUUGAGCGUGUUGCAGCCGAUGUGAAGGCUUACGAGCAAGAAAACCUGGACACUUUUGAAGCCAACAUUAAAGCUAAGCACAAUCUGCUUAGCCAGGAGAAAGAUGGGGCUAAUCCAAAGAAGCCAUCAGCUCCAGAUAUGUUCACAGAGUCAGAUGACAUGUUCGCUGCAUACUUUGAUAGUGCAAGGCUACGAGCAGCAGGCAUUGGGAAGGACUUCAAAGAGAACCCCAAUCUCAAAGACAACUGGACAGAUGCAGAAGGAUAUUAUCGAGUGAACAUCGGAGAGGUGUUGGACAAGCGUUAUGAUGUUUAUGGCUACACUGGGCAAGGUGUGUUCAGUAACGUUAUUCGUGCAAGGGACUUGGCCAGGGCUAGUCAAGAGGUGGCAGUGAAGAUCAUACGCAACAAUGAGCUAAUGCAAAAGACAGGCCUCAAAGAACUGGACUUCCUGAAGAAGUUGAAUGAUGCCGAUCCUGAUGAUAAGUUCCACUGCCUCCGUCUUUUCAGGCAUUUCUACCAUAAGCAGCACCUGUGUCUGGUGUUCGAGCCACUCAGUAUGAACCUCCGUGAGGUCCUGAAGAAGUAUGGCAAAGAUGUUGGGCUCCACAUCAAGGCAGUGCGCUCCUACAGCCAGCAACUUUUCCUUGCCCUCAAACUCCUCAAGCGCUGCAACAUCCUUCAUGCUGACAUUAAACCUGACAACAUCCUGGUGAAUGAGUCUAAGACUAUACUCAAGCUCUGUGACUUUGGUUCAGCGUCCCAUGUUGCUGAUAAUGACAUCACUCCCUACUUGGUCAGCCGGUUCUACAGAGCACCUGAGAUCAUCAUUGGAAAGCUGUAUGAUUAUGGAAUCGACAUGUGGUCUGUGGGGUGCACGCUGUAUGAGCUGUAUACAGGAAAAAUCCUCUUCCCUGGAAAAAACAACAACCACAUGCUCAAGCUCGCUAUGGACCUUAAAGGAAAGAUGCCCAACAAGAUGAUCAGGAAAGGGUUGUUCAAGGACCAACAUUUUGAUCAAAACUUGAACUUCUUGUAUACAGAGGUAGAUAAAGUUACUCAACGGGAGAAAGUCACGGUAAUGAGCAGCAUCAACCCGACUAAGGACCUGCUGACCGACAUGGUGGGUCGCCAGAGGCUGCCAGAAGACCAGAGGAAGAAGGUGGUUCAGCUCAAAGACCUUCUGGACCAGAUCCUGGUGCUGGAUCCAGCCAAGAGGAUUAGCAUCAACCAGGCCUUGCAGCACCCCUACAUUCAGGAGAGAAUGUGACCACCGCUUCCACAUGACCUCUGAGGACACAUGGCACGAAGUGCUCAACAAGUCAGCAAAUCAGCCAGCAAAGUGAUGGUUUUGUAUCUACAGACAUGACUCAAAAGAUGAAGAGACAUUAUUUAAGUAAUGCUAAAGCUUUCAUUUACUUUCUGAACAGCUAUGCCAUCUUGGCAUCAUUUUAAAUUCAUGAUGUAUUGCUAAAGUAGUCCCCCACUUUGAAUGACCUGCAGGGUGUUUCAAAAAGUCUGUUUUCAGUUUGGUUUUGUUUUGUUUUUUCAUCCUCUCACUUAUGAUCUCUGUGGGUCAUUAGUCUCUGGGAAUGUUGGGAGGGCAUAUAUAUCGACAACUGUUCAGCAGAAAGUAGGCCUAAGGAUACUCAAAUGAUUGUAAAUUGUUCCAGUACUCUGAACCGCCCCUUAUUCUGUACAGAAUGUUGUCAGAUCAGCAUAAAUGCUGUCUAUAUCCACAUCUCCCUCAGGUGUUAAAGCGUGAGCGCACCCUGGUGCGCGGGCCUGUAGGUGUGUGUCUGCUGAAAUCGGAGCUCUUGAGCCCUACCUGAUCCCAUCUGCAGGAAAGGCCUCCUCUGUAAAGGCAGGUUGUGUUCCUCUAUUAGUACACUGAAGGUAAGCUCGCCCCUAUAAAAUUGCCAUCGUUCUUAUAAGGCGCCAGUUAUUUUUAUUUAUUUUUUUUGGCCAGAUGUCCUAAAACUCAUUCUCUGGCAUCUCUUAGAAUACAGAGACAAGUGGACAUCAGCCUAAACUCUCUGUCUCUGUGUGUACUGGCGUUUCUCAACAUUGCUUCCAGAGAGUGAAAUCCUAAAUGCGAAAAAAAGUUCAAUCCUAAAUGCAAAAAGCUCUUGCUUAAACAAUUAUGGAAGGAAUUCCUUAAGUGAGUCAGUCACAGUUGCUGUUGAACGUAAGGAGGAGGAGGUGUAAAAAUCUGGAAUUUUAUAACCGAACAGGCACCUUCAGUGUACUGCCUGUGACAGCAAAUGCACUGUUUGACAAGAGAAAUGUUUGUGACCUCUAUGUGCACAUGUACAAGUUUAAUUGUUUUCCGUAGUGUUCAUCCAAGGUGUGCAUGUGUAUAUCAAAUGCUGCACUGUGUACUUUGUUAUGAGACCUUCGUUGUGUCCUUCUGCUGUUGUCCUUUGUUCUGAUGUGAUGUUGUCUUUUGAUACAGGGGUAUUCGUCAUCUGAUCUAUGAAUCUGCUUGUUUUGAGCGGUAAUUGCUUCUUUAUUUCAUAUUGCUUUAUUGUUGGACUCAAACAGAUAAAGACACCGAAAGUCUAGCUCAUGCUGGAAAUAUUCACCUUGUAUAUUAUCUUUUGCAAAUAUGUUUCUCCCUGCAUGUUAACGACAACCUUGUAUUAAUUGUAAAUUCACAAUAUGUUAUCUUAAAACAAUAUAAAAUAAAAAUGUUUUGUGCUGGAGGAAAACUAACAAAACCUGGUUAUAGAGCUAUAAAGAGUUCUGGUUUGUAUUUAAUACACCCUGAGGCAGGUAGUUUUAGUUGUCAUAGUUUAAAGUGACGACAUAUUCAGUGUUUGAUUGGAGGCUUUACAUUAUUUUGGUUUCACUAACUGCUGUUUGUGAUGUUUCUCCCACUGUUUCUCCGUGGUUGCUGAGAGAGAGAGAGAUUUUAUUCUCCAGCCAAAGGAGGCUCUUCUCUGUGCACCAUCCUCCAGCCUGCCUCUGCUUUCAAAGAGACGAGACCUUCACAAGAACCCCUUAUCCAGGUCACUCCUAAAGGCAUGUGUAGCUUCACAGCAAUACAGAGAUAAUCCAAGAUUAACUGAAAUGAAACUGAAAACAUUGAUGCUUUCUCUCUAAUUUGAGUGUAGUUCCCCCUGAGACCUCUUUUAAAUAGAUCCAAGGAGACUUACUGGUAUUUGGGAGAUCAGCCACUUUUUUUUUUACACUGCAGAAGUGCUGCAUAUGAGUUGUCAUUUUUUGCAAGGAAAUUGCAGCAAGUGUUGUGAAAGGGGAUAGACUUGUGAAUUUCGUAAUGUGAAAGAUGAAGUAAACAUGUUUUACAACUUGUCUAGCACUAGUAACAUCAACAGUAAAUUGUGUAAUAAUUAUUGACCCUUUACUGUAUGAAUAAUACAGUAAUAAUGCAAUAAAAAUUUAUAUAUAUAUAUAUAUAUAUAUAUAUAUAUAUAUAUAUAUAUAUAUAUUUGGGCGAUACAUCGCAUUUCGUUACAUGCAACAAUGAAGUGUCAGUCUGCAGUGCAAACAUUGGCAAGUAACCACCAUGAAACAGUUAUAUUAAUAAAAUAAGCUUUAUGCAAUAUGUGCAAUAGCAGUAUAUCCAUUCACAACUAUUGCAUGCAUUGCAGAUUGCAGUUCCAUUGAUGCGUGCUGUUGCCAUACAGCAAUAAUUAUAUAUAAGACACAGAAACUAAACCAGUGAUAUUUAUGAGGAAAGAAUUGCAACUUCAUACAGGUUUUGCUUCAGUUUUUCUUGAAGUUGAGGUGUAUACAUGUUGACUCCUGCACACACUUUAAAAGACCUUCAGCAGCCAGGGCUCACCAUGUGAUGUGUGAAGGAAGAACAGAUUGCAACAGGAAGGGACAUGAUUAGAAAAAAGUAUUUACAGUCUUUAGUUCCCCAAAGAAAAAAUACUUUGAUAUUGUAAUGAGGCAAAAAGUGGAAAAAAUAUAUACUGUUGUCAUAUGGCAACAAAAUGCAGUAAAGGGUUAGUGAGUUUUGGGCUUGCAUUGUUGUAGAUCCUUAAAGUUUUCCUUUUUUUGAAUUUGGAUAUAAAUUAGCAACAGUUGGAAUAUAAGGAACUAUAUAACAUUAUUUUGCAGUAUACAGUUGGAUAUUUGGAUAUACAAGGAUAUUCAUAUCAUCAGAAGAAUACCUCAUAUAUCCAAAAUGGUAACUUUACAGGAGAAGGUAAAAACCUACUUUACUUUUAAUGCAAGUCAAAGGAACCGGACUUUUUCAUUUUGGGCUGUUUAUUUUGGUCCAUUCUUUAUGAAAUGUACAAACAAUGUAAAGGACACCAGGCAUCUUCAAAUUAUGUCAAAAACUAAAACAUAACAGAAAUGGAGAUACAAGAUUUUCUUCCAACAGCAGCGAUAUACUGAAUGGCUAUGAGGCCAAUUUUCCCACUAAAUAACACUUUACCUCAUAGAUUUCCAUAUUGAAAAAAACAUUUUCAGAAUUCAUAAGCUUAUUGUCAGAUGUUGAUGGAGAAUGUUAAUUUAAGCAGAUCACUUCAAAUAUUUAUUAAAUAAAAGCUGGAAUAAAAAAUGUGUAAUUGAAAUCUUUCUUCAUUUUAGUGGAUUAUUGGCCAUAAGUAUGGUAUCACUUUCUGAAGAGGUGAAAGCUUCAGCUUAAAAAUGGUUCAGUAAACCUGGGAAGGCUGAUGUUUGUGUAUUGCUUUAUGGUGUUUUCAGGAUCAUGUACUCUUGACUGUAACCACUUUGUUGGAAGAUACUGGUUUAUUUGUUCUCUGUAUUUUAGGUGCUGCCCACUAGAGAAGACUCUUAAAGGGAACUGCACCUGAUCAAAGGUUUCUGUUCUAGAGAGAGAUCUUUAAGAUUAUUUUUUGUCUAACCGUUAACAGUAUGAGCUUUUUCUUGGUAACUCCUUUGUCAGCCAUUAAGGAGAGGCAUGGGACACUAUUCUGCAGGUGUAAGCGCAGGUGCUCAGAGUUCUGGGAUACAACGGUGCCUCAAGCUUAGAAAUAACAGAUCGUGGUUUGAGUAAACAUUGCUGGCUUUUGACUUGAGAACUUCAAGAGAUUAAAACAUUUGAUACAGUUAUCACAUAAUACCCAGACCCUGCCACCUGCAGAAUCCUUUCCACAAGUUUUACAUCAGCUCUUUAAAAGGUUUAAUAUAAAAAAUGUGUUCUGAAACAUUGUUAUAAUUUGGCGGUAUGUAGCCAAAUUGAGCAACAUAAAGGUAAUACUCUUCUUUUCUAAUUGAGAUAUAUGCUUGUUUAUACAAGGUCCUUUAUACUAAUUUUUAUUUCUGUCUUUAUUUUAGGGUAAGUCUACUUGAUUCUGGUUCUAAUCUCUACAAGACCCAAAGCCAGAAAGAUAUCCUGAGCUUCAGCCGGCCUGAUUUUUUUUUUUUUUUUUUUUUUUUAUACCCAAACUAAGUUUUUGUCCUUGUUUCAGUCAACCACAUAGAAUGACACUGGUACAUUUUCAGUGAAGUGUUCAAAAACUGCUUGUUCAGUCAUACUCCUUCACAUACUUAAUUCUGUUUUAAUUUGCAAAUGUGUAACUUAAAUAAAUAGUAAAGGGAAAAAAACUU